UAUUCUAUACUAAGUAUGGUUCUUGGAUAAAUGGGCUUAGUUAAAUUCCACCACUGGUUCUUUGUACACAGUUACGGCUGAGACGAGUGAAUUAUGGACAGACAGAACAGAGAUGAGAAACUCAGAAAGGGCAUUCCGAUUGAAGCAAAGCAGUGUGAGGUCGACGUCAGAGAAAAGUUGAGUCCUCCAGGCCUCAAACCAGCAAAACAGAGGCAGAAGGUUAAGCAACAACAAGCAGAGGAGGGAUCCAAAGUGAUUGAGGAGUGGGUCUCCCCAGAGCUGGCCAACAGGAUCAUACGCAAUGCUAAAGACCUCAAGAUCCGACAGACGGACCGCCGCUGGGCUGCAGAGGUGGUCAACGAUUUCCGAGAGAACCUGCUGAAAUUCCUGAGGAGCUGUGAUCAGCCUUUCUUCCAGACAGCUGACUUCGUCACCAGCGGCAGCUACUUUGAGAAAGUUAAGAUCAACGCCGCCGAUGAGUUUGACAUGAUGCUGAAGCUCCAGGCUCCUUCACGCCUCAACAUGAUGGAGCUCGAUGGCGGGCUAUUCUACCGGCUCGAUUUUACCCGUCCCACUCGGAGCCCCAUACAAGCCUUUUUUUUGGAGAACAAGCGCACGCUCUCAUCAAGCAAGAUCUUGAGUGAGAUGCACCGCCUGGUCCGCAAGUUCCUUAAGCACUACCAAGUGCCUGAUGAAAGCUAUCGCUGGGAGGUGAACAGGAAGCGUCCAAACUCGCCGGCUGUGACUUUGUCUCUGUUUCCAACUGAAAAGAACGGUGACGAGCUGAUCUCUGUGGACGUGGUUCCUGCUCUGGAGGUUCACCCCUCUCAGGGCUGGCCGCUCGCACUCCGUAACGGACCAGAUGUGGACAACUGGUUGGGAAAGAAAGCCCGCCAAGAAAUCAAAAGUUUACCCUGCUUCUUUGUGCCAAAGAGGCUCAAAGGACGAAAUCUCAGCGAGGACGCCAAAGAGAGUUGGAGGAUUUCUUUCUCUCACAUUGAGAAGAAAAUCAUCACAAGCCACGGCAACAAGAAAACCUGCUGUGAGAGCAAUGCCACCAAAUGCUGCCGUAAGCAGUGCUUAAUGCUCCUCAAGUCUGUGAUUGAGGGCCUGAAACAACGUUUUCCCAAAGAGCUGGAUAACCUCUGCUCGUACCACGGGAAAACCGCCUUCCUCCACACCCUGUCCAUCAGGUUCAGUGACUCAAUGUGGGCCCGUCAGCAGCUUCCUGCCUGCUUCCUGCACCUCCUCGGGGCUCUGGAGGACCACACUCGCAGUGGCGAGCUUCCUCACUUCUUCGUCCCCAACUGCAACCUCUUCUCCCCGACCAUCUUCCCCCGCAAGGCGCUGGCUUUCCUCACCAACGCCCUAAUGGAGCAGAGGAGGGAGGGCCUGCCCCUGCUGAAGCCCCCAGCUCCAGUCCCACCCCUGAGACUAAUGACUCCUUUAGCAGAUAUCUCCACUGAGAUAUCCUCAGAUAACUCGUUCUUAUUGUCUGUAGUUUCUACUCUAGACUCUGCAUUUAUGAAGAAACUGGCUGUAAUGUUUGCUGUAGGUUUGGUUUGUGUCCUAUAUCGUAUAUAAGUGAUGGGGAAGAGGAUCCACAAUGAACAUAUUAAAUGUUACACUGUUUUCACAAAGUAUUUAAAUUAGGUGAAAACCAGUAAUGAAGAGUGUUUGGCUCAUCAAUUUCCCUCAUUUACUUAAUCAAUAGUGACACUGAAGGAGACAUAUACUGAACAAAAUAAUAAACACAACACUGUUUUUGCCCGCAUUCAUCAUGAGCUGAACUCAAAAAUCUCAGACUUUCUCUAUGUACACAAAAGGCCUGUUUCUCUCAAAUAUUGUUCACA